AAGACACAAGGCAAGGGAGAAAAAAGGGCACCAAGAAAAGAAAAAAAUGAAAUCGGAAACAUGGGCCACAAUACUUAUUGUGUCACAAGUCUAGUCCAAACCUAUAUGAUGGGCCUCCUCAAGAGUGCUUUUGCUUAUUAGCCCAAAAUUAUCAACAAACUAAAAGAGAGGGCUAGCUUCUAGUGCGGUCUAACCGGAAAGUUUGAGACGCCUGACCGAUCGCAAAUCUCCGACGAGUGACGAAGACCGCCAGGUGAGGCGAAUUAAACCUUUAUUUCUGAGUUCCAAUGAUCCAAAAUUCUGUAAAUGCGAAUUCCCCUUUUGUCUUAGAAUUUGAUUUGCAGAAAAUGGCAUGUUAGGUCACGUUGUUGGGCAUUUCAGUAGUUAAAAAUAGUGAAGCACUCAACCUGUUUGUAAAAUUGUCUGAGUAGGGAUAUUAACUGGGAUAGUUUCCCUGUUUUUCCUUUUUUUCUCUUCAUUCAGGUGAUAGAAAGGAUAAUUUGAAGAUGGCAUCGUAUUUGUGGAGAAAAUAUGCAGAUCAUUUGUGGCACAAAUGGGAAAAGACUAUCCUCUGGGACAUGCUUGAGCCUUAUAGGCGUCCUAAGACCUUCACCCCCCUAGUUGUAAUCUAUGUCUCUGCUUUUUACACCGGAGUAAUUGGAGCAGCUAUCACGGAACAACUCUAUAAGGAGAAAUAUUGGGAAGAUCACCCAGGAGAAGCAGUGCCCCUGAUGAAACCCAAGUUUUAUGGAGGUCCUUGGAGGGUAAUGAGGGGCGAAGUCCCAGGAUUUAUCAAGAAGGAAUAAAGCAGUCGCAUCAACCCUCGGCUGGAAGUUUUCUGUACAUUGUUACCUUCCAAAUGUAGUGCGUGGUAGAAAUUUAUGAAAUCAUAUCACUUAUGUGUUCAUGUCCGAUGUUACAAUCUUGUACUCUUGUCAUGAAUUUGUUGAGUUGGCAGUGAAACAUCUUCUAAUGUUCUUCGUCAUUCAUUGCCUAUAGAUUGUUGUUUCAUUCAUUUAGUAAUCUUGAACUCGAUCUGCUUCUUGAGCCACUAAGCUUGCACCUUGCUGUAUUUCUUGUAUGGGAAACAUAGGAAUAAUUGGAGGAACAAGAUCAAUUACAAUGAACAACAAAGCAGUGCUCUCGGGGCAAUGGUAUUGGGACACGAUUUUCUUGAAUGAGUUGUAAUUUGUGAAACUAAGUAUAAUACUAUUUCAGUCAUGGAGACGAAAUCAUCACUUAUGUAGUAAGUGGCUUUUGAUCUCGACUCCAUACAGGAAUGCAAUCAGUGACGGUGGUGCACA